AUGGAUAAGAUCAAGGAAAAGUUACAAAACUUGAAGUUGGAAGCUGAAACAUGGCAAGAUAAGUAUGAAGAAUUGAAAGAUCAAUAUAAGGAAUUGGAACAAGGUAACACUGAAAAGGAGAAUCAGAUCAAGUCAUUAACUGUCAAGAACGAACAAUUGGAAACUGAGGUUGAGAAUUUGGAAUCUCAAUUGGCUGAAUCUAAGCAAUUAGGUGAAGAUUCUACCAAUUUACAAUCCACUAAUGAAAAUUUGAACAAGAAGAAUGAAACUUUAGAAAAUGAUUUGGAAGAAACUGAUUCCAAAUUAAAGGAAACAAUUGAAAAGUUGAGAGAUGCUGAUUUAAGAGUCGAACAAUUAGAAAAGAGAUUGGUUGCCUUAGAAAAUGAAAAGGAUCAAUUAGAAGAAAAGAACCAAGAAUUAGAAUCUCAAUACUUACAAGCAAAGAACGAAUUGGACGAAAUCGCCAAUUCUUUGGAAAAUUUAUAA